AUGGCGAAACUCUGGACUAAGCGUUCGGUACUCUCUACGGUGGCCACAAUUUUCGAUCCCAACGGUUGGAUCGCGCCAGUGAUAUUUUGGGCCAAGUACUUUUUACAGCGAUUGUGGAUCGCUGAGAUCUCUUGGGAUGAGCCUAUUACUGGGGACCUCCUUACCGAUUGGCUGGGAUUUCUGAAUCGGUUAGAGUCCAUUACUCAGGUCUCGAUACCACGCCAUUUUCUUCCAUCAGGGAAGUACAAAGCAUCGCUCCACGGGUUCUGCGAUGCUUCGGUGUCAGGAUACGCCGCGGUGGUGUAUUUACGUACCGUAAAGCGGGAUGGUACAACGGCGGUUCACUUAGUGACGGCUAAGAGUAAAGUUGCUCCUCUACGGACUCGGUUGAGUAUCCCUAAGUUGGAACUUUCGGGAGCUGCCUUACUCACUAGGUUACUGAAUCACGUUAUCUCUACGUUAGGCAAAUUGAUAGAACUAUCGGAGGUUUACGCUUGGUCGGAUAGCCAAAUCGUCUUGGCUUGGCUUCAGGCUUCUCCUCACAGGUUGGAAGUCUUUGUCGCCAAUCGAGUGUCUCAGAUCCAGGCUUCGGAGGUGAAGUUGAUCUGGAGACACGUUCCAGGUGAACUCAAUCCGGCGGAUGUGGCUUCACGGGGUUGUGAUGCCCCCACUUUGGUAGACCAUUCCCUCUGGUGGGGUCCAAAGUGGCUGGCGGAUCCGGUGUCGACGUGGCCUCCUACGACUUUACAUGGUACUGAAUCUCUGCCUGGCAUUAGGAUUGCGGCAGUCGAAACAGAGGCCACGCCUUCAGAUCCUCUUCUAGCUAGGUACAGCACUCUCAAUAAACUUCUGGGAGUCACGGGCUGGAUUCAUCGAUUCAUCCGGAAUUGUCGCAAGGUGGAUGUCAGAGACACUUCGCCUAGCCUAUCGGCAGAUGAACGUCGGGUCUCCCUCAUGUUUUGGUUUAACAACUUCAAUGAGUACAAUAAGGUCAGCAAACAAAUUCUACUAACCGCAAAAGUUAUAAAGACGGGCAUUCAAAGUGAAAUCCAAGAGUUGUGCGGCCAAUAA